AGCAAAAUCCUGCGUCCGUAAUUCGCUCUGAUAAAAUGACGACGGCCCUUGCUAAGAGAGGGGACAGUGUCAAUUCCGUCCAUUGCGACUGAACGGUCAUAAUAAUCACUUUUUGAAUUCUACCCAUCCUCGCACCUUUUUCCUCUAUUGUGCCUCUCUCCGUAUACUUUUUCCUUGGCCCCAAAGUCUUCCUUUCUUCAUCAUCCCCAUUUCACCAAACCCGAAGCUCACAGGAACCACACCUGUUCACCAAUGGCGGAUUGGAGCCCUUACACUAAGAACCACUUCCCAUUUUCUGAGCCGAACGCACCAAUCCAACCAUCCCGCAGAACCCAAGGUAAAUCCUUCACAAACUUCCUCUGCAAAUCUCUCUUCUUGGCGCUCUUCCUCAUUCUUCUCCCACUUUUCCCUUCACGAGCUCCUGCAUUUAUCAACCAAACAUUUCUUACCAAGUUCUGGGAGCUUCUUUACCUCCUCUUCAUCGGCAUUGCUGUAUCAUAUGGCUUGUUUGGUCGAAGAAAUGUCGAACUGAGCAUCGAUGAAACUCAAUCAAAUUUCAAUAUUUCCCAGUCUUCUGUGUCUAGGAUGUUUCAUGUUUCUUCUAUUUUCGAAGAUGGUUUUGAAAAUCCAAGUGGGCCUGAUGAAAGCAGUCUCAUUAAUAGCUGGAAUUCUCAGUACAUUGGGAGUGAGCAUAUUAAUAGUUGCAAUCGUAGCAGUGGUGUUGGGGAAAAGUGUAAAAGCCGAUAUGGGCACGAUCAGAACAAUGUGGUUCAAGCUUGGAAUUCUCAGUACUUUCAAGGUGAACCUAUGGUGGUAGUCGCUCAACCGAAUUAUAGUGUAGAGGAAUGGGGCAAAACCGCAUCCCUGAUUGAUCAUAAGCCGUUGGGAUUGCCCGUUAGGAGCUUAAAAUCGAAGGUGAGAAAGCUAGACUGUCCCGAGUUUAUAAGUGGAAGUGAAUCUGGGUCCGGUUCAGAUGGUUCAUCUAGGUCUGAUAGAAGCAGAAGUGGGGAUUUAGAUCCUAUGAAUUUGGAGCAGAGGUUUAAUGAAGCUGCUGCUGCGGCUUCACCAAUUCCAUGGCGUUCGAGAUCUGUAAGGACGGAAACGAGAAAUGAAGCAGGGGAUGUGAACCUCCCUACGCAUUUCAGGCCUCUCUCGGUUGAUGAAACUCAAUUUGAGUCGCUCAAAUCACGGUCUUUCAGGUCCACAGGAUCUUUCUCAUCCCAAAGUAGUUCAAUCUCUUCCUCAAGCUCUAUUUCCUCAGAGUUACCAAACUCGAUGACGGAAGAUUUGGGAAAAAAUAAGAGCUUUCUUGGGGCUUUUCGUGAGGCUUCACCAUCACCACCAAUACCAAGAAAUGGAAAGGCUUCGUCGAAUGCACUUCGUUCUCGGCAUUGCAGUAGUGGUUCUGUAUCUGGAUCCAUCGGUCGUGAGGCUUCACCAUCACCACCAAUACCGAGAAAUGGAAAGGCUUUGUCGAAUUCACUUCAUUCUCGGCAUUGUAGUAGUGGUUCUGUAUCUGGAUCCAUCGGUCGUGAGGCUUCACCAUCACCACCAAUACCAAGAAAUGGAAAGGCUUUGUCGAAUUCACUUCAUUCUUGGCAUUGUAGUAGUGGUUCUGUAUCUGGAUCCAUCGGUCGUGAGGCUUCACCAUCACCCCCAAUACCAAGAAAUGGAAAGGCUUUGUCGAAUGCACUUCAUUCUCGGCAUUGUAGUAGUGGUUCUGUAUCUGGAAGGGAUACUUUUAGAAACUCAGAAGAUGAGUUAAAGGAAAAGGGUAGGAGUAGAAGAGAGGAUCCAUCGGAUAGUGAGGACUGCAGGACGGAUUGGUUGAAAUCGAAAAUGAAUCCCGCAAGCCCCACAAAGGCUCUUUUAAGGGGAAAAUCAGUGAGAACAAUUAGAGCUAGUGGACUGACUGCAGGUGGAAUAAAAAAGGAAGAGAGACGUCAAAACCAAAAUAAUGACAAGGCUGAAAAGAGGCAUCAAAAUUUGGAUGAGGCAUGUAUGAGAAAAGAUAAAACCAAAGUUGGACUUGACGAUUGGAUGAUUGGCUCCAGUGAGCAACAUAUUGAUAACUUGUGCCCUAUGCCAAAGGCAACAUUCUCAGAGUUCCACAAGAAAGAAAAGGAAGAAUUCUGUGAGAAUUUAGCUGCAGGUUCUGAAAAUGACUUGCAGUGUGAGCGUGAAAACUUUGAAGUAAGCUCAGAUGAAUAUGAUGUGUCUGGUUCUGUCAACGAUUCUGUACCAUCCUCUGAUGAGGUUGAUAAGAAGGCUGAUGAGUUUAUCGCUAAGUUUAGAGAGCAGAUCAUGCUUCAAAAAAUGGCAUCAAUUGAAAGAUCAAGAGGGCUACAGAUGGGCAGAAACCGUUUUAGGUGAUACAAAAGCAUAUGCUGCAAUAUAAAUUUAUAAAAAAUGAGGGAUAUGAAGUUCAUGAUUCUUCUUAUAAUCUUCUUUAUCUUGGUCUCUCAUCAAUCUAUGCUUUUUACUUCUAUUGCACUUGGUUAUUCACAUAUUUACAAUUUAUUUGUGAUAGAGCUUCCAUAACUUUAUAUCUAGAAACUCUAUGGGUGAAGAGUUACAGUAUGUGUAUUUGUAUGCCUUCUAAUCAUGCUGUGUGAGUAUAGUAAAUCGGAAAACGUCAUUAGUUCUGCAUUCA